AUGGAGGAAGAACGCAACGAGGAGAUCCCGGAUGAAGAGCAGAAGUUGAGGAAGGGAUUCAGAAUCAGAUGCUGUAAAAGAAAUUCCUAG